AGCAGAAUGUGCCGGUUGUUGCCUUUUACAGUCGGAGAUUGGCCGUUGUAAACGGAACAAGAAGUGACGAUACAAAAAUGACAAGGGAAACGAGAUUAAAGAAACAAGCGAGCAGGUUCUGAAACUUCAACCGAAUAUGCAUAGAAACCGAGUAAGCAUUUAGUGAUUGCAUGCACUGUGUGCAACAAGGUCCUGCUGUUAUAUUACACUGGACACGGCAAUGUUAAUAAAUCAACUGAAACGGGUGCUUUGUCUGAUGUAGGCCCGCGUGCAGAUCCGAAUAAAUAUAAAUAAAAGCGGAACCUGCCCGCUGAAAGAAAACAAUUGCACAGACGGGUAUUCAUUCAGUCCUCAUCUGCUGAUACGAUGUCCUCCGAAGAAAUCAUAGCUAUCAUAAUAGACGAUAAGACGUACAAUGUCAGUAAGAGUAAGUUAAUUGAGAAAAGCGAUUAUUUUAAAGCCCUGUAUAACUCCGGGAUGAAGGAAUCUGAAGAAGAUUCGGUGCAACUGCAAGGCUUGAGUGCGCAUGGACUGGAGCUAGUCAUUGAAUUCAUCAACACUUCCAAAGUACAUUUUGAUAACGAGAUCUUGGAAGAUUUAGUGGAAACAGCAUCUUUUCUCCAGGUGUCUUCCAUCUUGAAGCUGCUCCUUUCUGAGGUUAAGGUGGAUAACUGCGUGGAGUUAUAUAAACUUUCUGAAAUUUAUGGAAUCGCUGAUCUGAGAAAGGCCUGCCUCAAGUUCAUGGUGUGUCACUACCACCCAAUGCUGAGGAGGCAGGAAUUUAGCCAUCUACCCAACACUUUGCGUCAACAAGUCAGGGAGAUGCGCCUUAAAGGCACAGCUGUCUUGGUGGCAGUAGGGGAUUUCUUUAGCACCUCCUUGGAUCAGUCUCCUGAUGAGGCUUGGUCAAUGCUGAGAUAUGAUGAGGUUGGACAGAGAUGGCUACCCCUGGCAAACAGCCUCCCUCAUGACAUGGUGAAUGUGAGAGGCUAUGGUUCCAUAGUGCUGAAUAAUUACCUUUUCAUCGUUGGUGGAUACAGAAUGACUAGUCAGGAGAUCUCGGCUGCACAUUGCUACAAUCCUUGCAAAAAUGAAUGGAAUCAGAUUGCACCAAUGAAUCAAAAAAGAUCGAAUUUUAAACUUCUAGCUGUAAGUGAGAAAUUGUAUGCAGUUGGUGGUCAGUCCCUUUGCAAUGUUGAAUGUUACAAUCCAGAGAUGGAUUGGUGGAGUUUUGUAGCUUCAAUGCCAGAUCCUCUUGUGGAAUUUUCAGCCUGUGAAUGCAAAGGGAUGAUCUAUGUAAUGGGUGGAUACACAACUCGAGGUAGAAAUAUGAACAUUUUGCGAUACUGCCCUACCUCAGAUGCUUGGACUGUAUUAGAAUCCUGUGAGCUUCAUAUUCGUAAACAACAAAUGGUGUCUGUGGAAGAUAUAAUUUAUCUUGUGGGUGGCUGCAUCCAUGAGAAAGAUGGAAGUAGAAAAGGAAGCCAUACUGAAGAUAUGCUUACGAUUCAGUCCUACAAUGUGAACACUAGGGAAUGGCUCCACCUCAAGGAAAACACUUCAAAAUCUGGACUAAAUUUGACUUGUACAUUGCACAAUGAUGGGAUCUACAUUAUUAGCAGAGAUAUUGCACCAACAACCAGCCUUGAACAUCGUGUAUUCCUCAAGUAUAGUCUAUUUUCAGAUAUGUGGGAAGCAUUCCGACGUUUUCCAGCAUUUGGACAAAAUACAUUACUUUGCUCGUUGUAUUUCCCUAAUAUAAUUUAAGAGUAAUUACUUUGUGAUGAAAUGUAAUUGGUAUAACUGCAGCAAGAUCCUAAAAUGAGGAGGAAUGUUAGAUAUGGGCCAAUUUAAUGGAACCAAACUGCUCUGCUUUAAAAGAGUCGGAGUUGAUCAUUAUUCUCAGACAAUUAGUCAAGAACUGAAUCUUCACACUUGUUAAUACAAAUAAGAGUUAUCUCCUACUUAAUGGAAAAAUUGUAAUUGGGGAACACAAGCUGAAACCAAUAAAUUCUUUUGGGUUAAUAAUACAAAUGAAUUAUAUUUCUUAAAUGGUGAAGAACAAAGGCUUGACUUUGAAAACAUGGUUAUAUGGCAGUGAUUGGUGUCAAUCACUUGAGAAGGAGCUUUGUUAUCAGAUGGCUGUUGAUGGCAAAGGUACAUUCCAGUGAAGCAUGAUGUUGUGCCUGUAAGUGACUCAUAAUGCAUGAUGUGUCUUCAGUGUAGAAUACUUAUAACCUAAUAAAAGCUUAAUUUUACUCCUCUAAAAAUCUUUCAUCACUCCGAAAAAUAACAAUUUUCAAUUUAAUUUAUGUAGACAUUUCAUGAGCAUGUCACAAAAUGUGCAGUAGCAAUCUGGUUUGUCAAUGUUUGCUAUUUUACAGAUGAAUGUGUACUUUAAAAUGGGAUUAUCUCUGUGUUUUCAAAAUGAAUCAAUUUCAAAAUCUUAAUUAAUUUCAACACUUUAAGUCUUUAUAUUACAUUAUUAAUUUAUUUUUGUUGAUCAUUUGUGUCAAAAUACAGAGUGAAGUGUUGGGGCUGGUCUGAUUCUUAUUCUGACAGUAUAAAGGUGCUCAAUUAACCCUAAAUUUUAGACUAUAAAUAUAUGAAUUCUCCUACCAUUUGUGAUUUCCACUUGACUACCAUUGAA